GUGUAGACCCCUAGCAAUGAGAGAUUCUUGUAAACUACAGAAGGGGAAGUUUUAGUUAAGUGCUGCACCACUAUUAAUUCUUCCUCAGGGAUUUUGCUUUGGCAAGGUGCUAUCAAAAUCACUGCCUGGGAGGGUCAGAAGGAAGUCGGACUACAAUUGAAAUGCAGAAACCAGAGCCAGAACUAUGAGGGUCCAUUAUCAAUUGGCAAUCCCUCACAGUCGAGGAUGAUUGUCUUUCUUAUCUGCAGGUCUGAAGAUGGCCAACAAAGUCUAUCCAGGAUUAAGAGAGACUGUUGCAGCUCAGAUUUUCUGUUUUAAAGAAACAGCGCGCAGUUUGGAGGAAGAGCCUUGGACAGCCACAUCCAUGAAGGGUGAAGACUUGCAAAGCAGCCCACUCCAGCGCUUUGCAAAGCUGCUGAAAAGGGGAAAAUUUCAGCACUUCUAUGGCCUGAUGGGAAAACGGGCUAGUGGGCAUCAAGGAGAGAUGUUCAUAGGACUUAUGGGCCGAAGAUCCUCCAGCAGAGGUUACGAAACGCCUGGACACAGGAGGAGGGGUGGAUGUCGUAUACCUGGACUUCAGGAAGGCCUUCGAUACGAGACGACGCAAGACUGGGACAGCAGCCAGCCACGUCCUAUGUGGGAGCCAUAGCAUGACACUUACUGUGACCAACACCUGCUCCAUUCCUUCACAAGCUGUAGCUUACAGUAAUUAUGCCUGCUCAUUUCUACACACACCCUGAACAUGCAACAUCAGAUGCAUUAUUAUUAGCAGAGAAACACAUUCACGCCACCCGCUCCCCUUCUCUCUGCUGCCAUCUCCUUUUCUCGAACUGCUGCCAUGUAUAAAUGUAUUGUUGCUGUGGA